AUGAGGAUUAUAUUCUCUUCAACAGGAUUUCUGCAUGCAUCGGUGUAUGGAACAGAUGAACCUCACGUGCUGGGCAACUUAGAUGUAUGGAAAUCUGAUGGUCAUUGGGCUUCUCUUACCAUAUGUCCAUCACGUGACGACAAGAUAGGUCGAGAAAAGCAUCUGUUACUCUCAGGGACGCCAAACCUUGGUUUUAAAGUGCAGUUAGAAAGUUCUGUUGAGAGGAUAAUGCUAAAUGAUCCAGUGAAGUUCGAUUUAGGCCCUCAGGAAUCGAACAAAGUUUUCCAGUUCAUCCCAGAAGGGGACAUCUCUGACAUGCAACUUGACGUCACGGUCAAUUCUGAAUCUGAUGACGUACCAGCUUACUUAAAAGUAUCACGUGAUUGUGAGGAUGUAAAUGAGAACGUUGACGUUGUGGACUACAAGGGAGAGUCAAUUCGUCUGUCGUUCGCCGAAAAAGGACGGAUUACUUUGUCGAAAGUUUCCAUUCCACCAUUGACUGAUUCCGAGUCAACCUGGUUUAUCGGAAUUUCUAUUAAGAAUGCUACAGGUGAAACGAAAGAAGAUGCGACAAAGAAUGUGACUUUAACUCUGAAAAGUUCAUUUGAUUAUUCUUACUUUUGUCCUAUAUUUGUUUGGGUCACGUUGUCCGCAGUCUUAGGUUCAUUGGUGGCGUAUGGCGGCUUUCACUGCUUUCCGAUUACGUACACCGCUACCGAAAGUCAGUCAGACCAGGAUGUUGAUUCCUCGACUACAGACACUGAUCCUCUUUCAUCCAGGGGAGAGAACAUUCAACUACUAGACAGUCUGCCUCACCCACCUCAAUCCAGCAGCACUGCAGAAAAUAAAGGACCAAAUUAUGGAGCGACUGCUGUCUCAGUUGAAGUAAAGACACCCACGCAAGAUGAUGAACGAGCAGAGUUACUUCAAAACACUCAAGAAAGUUUCCGACAAGCAAGUCAGACAGGUAACUCUUAUACUCACCCGAGAGAAGUAAGGAUAAUGGGAAGAUGCUAUGAAGUUGUGAAGAACUGGUUUAAACGUGGUCCUAAAACAUACUCGUACAUUACUGGUAUCGUGGGGUGCGUGUUGAUGAUUGGUGCAGGCCAGUUUGUUUUCGCUAACUGGCGUUUAAUGAUAGAGGAAGGAGAUAAGGACACUUGUUUUUACAAUGACUUUUGUUAUAGAGUCAGCCCCUGGGAUGAUAUUCCAAUGAAUUUAAUGAUUAGUAACUUAGCAUAUAUGAUCCAUGGCCUUAUUCUUGCUAUUUCUGUCAUGUUGAUGGAAUCAAAGCUAUUUUCUCAUCAUAGAAAUCGUAAUAGUUUACCUCCAAGGUAUGCUUUUUCCAUGGGUUAUGCUUUUGCAUGGGCUUUAUUUUUUGAAGGUUGCUUUUCCUUUGUCUACCAUCUCUGUCCAAGUAAGUUAACGUUUCAGUUUGAUACAGGGUUUAUGUUCGUGAUUGUAGGAUUGGUUGUUGUUUUGUUGUACAAUGGAAUUGAAAUGAAGGAGAAUGAGGGAGAGAGAGGGUUUGUCGAUGCAGCCAAUUUCUUCCUAUAUUUCCUGGUACCAUUAUACAUUUUUAACUAUUUUGGCACACUGAAUCAUUCAGAAACUGGGCUUUUUAAUAUUUCGACUUUUUUUGCUUUUGUUAUAAUAUGGUGGAUUGCAAUUUCUAUCUGGACGGGUUGGAAACUGUUUCCAGACGGCAGCUUUACAUUGACGUACAUCUGGGACAAGAAGAAUAGAUGUAAGUGUGGCUGGUUCUUUUUAGGUUUUGUCGCGCCGCUCAUUUUCUGUGAGAGUUUUUUAAACAAUAUUCCUCAAGCUUUCUUGUUUACCUGUAUUGCAGAAAGUUUCAUUGUUAUUAUCGGGAAUGUUAUGUGCAAGUGGGAAAAAAUCAAAUCGACAGGAACUAACUGCGUAAAAUGUUUCCAAGUUUUUUAUUGCUUGUGUACGAUUAUUUUGUGGAUUCUGGCUGGUUAUGUUUUCGACAAAAAACCAACAACAGAUAAGGCAUUAACCCCUGAAAAAUCAAGAGAUUACAAUCAAGACUGUAUCUUUUUGAAGUUUUAUGAUUACCAUGACCUAUGGCAUAUUUUUUCAUCCCAUGCUCUUCUCAUGACAGCGUACCUUGUCAUGUUUAUUAGUCAAAAGAGGGGUUGA